AUGAAGCUCAUUUCCAGUGCUAACGGCUUCGCUGCUGUCAUCGUAUCCGUCGUCGUUCUGGCAAGUGUAGAUGAUGUGACGUCCCAAUCCGUCAUCCCUACGCCUCCUGUGGUUGCCCCGUCUUCGAGUGCAUCCUUCUUCAGCUCGCCAUUCCCUACGCCCCCCGACGUUGCGAGCUCGACGCCGUCCGACUCGGAGAGCAGCAGCUUCUCUUUCCCCACGGAUAGUGCGGCGCCCUCCAGCUCGGAUGGCGCCUUAGUGUCCUCCACGCCAAGCGAUGUGCCGUCAUCCUCCUUCUCGGAAACGUCAGUCACACCUACCGACGUGCCAGGAUCUUCAUUCUCCGUCGCGUCAUCGGUCUCGAGCGAGAGCUCGUCCUUGUUCUCCAGCACCAACGCGAUUGGGAUGCCGUCCAGCUCAAUCUUUACCAGCCAAGUCUCGAAUACACCGCCUUCGUCAUCACGGAGCAUACUCUCCGCAUCUGGAACGUCCAGCCAUUCCUCGUCUGAGUCGUCCAGGUCGUCAUCCUUCAGCAGCCACACUAGUUCAGGCAGCUCUCCUGCGUCCACACACACGAACACGAACGCUGCGCAUCGGCGUGCGCACGCAGGGUUCUGGGUCGUUGUCGGUGCAGGAGCGGGUGCCCUGACUCUUGCGCUGUAG